AUGGCAAGUAAAACCCCAGAAUAUGUCGAUGCUGGCACUCAGACCCUCCAUAUCGAUCAGUUGCAUCAGCAACGUCAAAGGUUCGUCUCGAGUACUCGCAGCGUGCGCCGGAAAUUAGGGGAUUUCAAAAGAAAGUUAAGCCGCAUCUCGGAUAAGAGUGAACCCAGCGGCGGUGACGGCGAGAGCUACAACUCUCCACGCCCCUUAAGCUCAAUCGGCCUUGCGGGGUCAAAAGGUGGCUCUAUAGACGACAGUAAGAACUUAUACACGCCUACAUCGUGGGAUGACUGUGAAAUUAGCGGAGAUCGCAGCAACUGUUCUGAGGGGGCGACGUCCAAUACCGACGAACUAGCCAAGGCUAUCCCACAGCUUCCCAUAUUUAAAAGGUGGUCGGAUGAGGAAAUCAAGCUCCAACGCGAGGUCAUUGAGAAGUACGAAGCGGGAGUCAGACUGUGGACUAAAGAGAAGCUCCUCGACAUGGAAAACAUGAUUGCGGGCCGUGGCGGCAUAGUACGCACCUCGCUCUAUGCCGGGUCGGGGGAUUAUAUUGCUUAUAAGGAACCAGGGAACUUAUACAAGGUUGAUUUCCAUGGUUACCAAGCUAUGGCUUUUCCACUUGUCACGCGGCCCGAAGGGAUGGCAUACAGUUCCAUGACCAUUAGCGAGAAGGCAGCCUACACUUACGUACCCAAGGACCUUGACGAGCAGGAGGAAAAGUUUACCCAAUGCCAGGCCGCCUGGGACGAAAACCAGGUAGGGCAGCACUUCUACUCGACCUUCAUGAGACUUCCGUUCCCGCCAUAUAUCAACAAGAUCGUGUGCAUCGGGCUCGGCAACUUCGUCGCCCCGGGUAGUGAUGACGAGAACACGGUUAUGUUGAAUCUUUCCAUGAUACGCCACGCGGCUGUGGUUACCGUCGCCGAGGUGCUCUUCAAGCGAUUUGGCCGUCAAAUACAAAUUCUCGCGCAGGACGUCCACUAUACCCCCGACUGCGCGGCGAUCCUAUUCAGAAAGGGCUUCUCCGUCGUAGGUCGAUAUGGAGCAGGCGGAUUCGCCGAGAUCGACGACAAGACGUUCGUGUUUGCUCCCCCCUCCAUAUUCUGCCUCAAGGAGAUCGUGGCGGAUAUCGCAAAACCCGCAGCUAUGUUUUGGGGCACGAUUUUGACCCCGACAGAGAUCGACAUCUCAAGCAGGGCCCAUCAGCUUGUUACCUUCGGGGAAGAUAUCACGUCCUUUUGGAACUAUCAUAUUGCGGAUUUCGAUACACCCCGCGUACGUAUACUUGCCAAGGAGUACGAUGAAUAUCAGUUCCCGUACACGAACCUAUUUGGACAAGUGUCAAUAUAUACGCUCAGGGGAAUGAGCAUAGCUAACACUAAAUCCGAAGAUGAGACUUCUUAAUAGCCUUAUGAUUAUAUUUGUUAUGGUUUGGUAGAGGUAGAGGUAGGUAGGAGAUCCGCACGGAUAUAGCGUUGGUUGUACAUGGCUUUUGGGCUGGUUCAUAAUCAGAUUGCCAGUGUGGUCACCAGCGGGCCCAGGAAUAGAGUCAGCUUUUCCUGUAUGUUCACCGGAGAAUAGAUAAAUAAACUCAGCCACAGAAGCGCUAUGAUAUUCUCCGAGUUCGAACUUGGUUGACGUGGUGAAUAUAUGUUAGCAGGUUAAUACGAACUACUAAAACAAUCAGCCCUCGUACGGCGGAAAUAAACUAAAGUAGGAUUCGAUUAAUAUCUAACCUACAUAGGAGGGGACUUCCU